AUGACAGUACAGAUCAUCACUCUGGACAUAACUUCGGACACUAUCUGUCCGUGGUGUUGUAUCGGCUUUAAGCAUGUCAAAGCUGCGAUAAAGCAGAUCAAAGAAUCUGGUCUUCCGGUCGAGUUUCAAUUUCAAUUCCACCCCUUCAUGCUUGAUGCCAAUCUUCCUCCGUCUCCUGGGUAUAACAAGCGAGCUUGGUAUGCUAGCCGACUGGGUGCAUCAAGGAUAAAGGCGGCCGAAGAGCAGAUGAUUGCACUUGGUCUUUCAGAAGGCGUCACUUUGAACUACGAUGGUCAAGUGAGCAAUACUCUUGACAGUCAUCGACUAGUUGCCAAGGUCAGGAAGAUUGCCGGUGAAAAGGCCCAGGUCAAAGUUAUGGAGGCACUUUCUUUGGCUUAUCUCGAACGGGCGGAUGAUAUUGGUAACCCUGACGUUCUGGCAACUGAAGUUGCAGCUACUGGGGUGAUGACCAAGUCUGAGAUCUUGGAAUUUCUUGCCUCUAACGAACUCAAGUCGGAAAUACUGUCUAGUAUACGAGGAUCACAUUUGAAUGGUAUCUCCGGCGUACCGUAUACCCUUGUCAACAAGAAAUAUGCCUUAACUGGUGCCCAACCAGCUUCCUCCUUUUUCAGGAUCUUCAACGAGAUCGCUCGUGGUCAGCGCAAGUAAUCCAAGAUACCAUGCAACCUUCGCUGCUCGUUUGAAUUCCUCGUGUCUGCCUUCUAUGGGUUACUUUGGGAAGAUCCAAGGAUGUGAUGAAUCUCUCAAUGGAUUAUAUUAGGAUGGAAUAUGCAAUGAAUAGAUUUGUAUAACUUAUUCGCCAGUCGGCUAGAAAUUCAGAUCGGUGAAUUCAGUGGAUACGUCAUUUAAGGCCC